UAUAUGGAAGUUAGGACAUCACUUUCUUUAUACUGUUUUUGGCCUGAUUGGUAUCAUGUCCCUCUUUCGCUUUGCAUUUUGCCACUUCAGCGAGAUUAAACUAAUUUAACACUCUUCCUCCCUAGAAACAGAGAUAUAAAUAUAACCUGCUCUUCAUACCAUAUCCAUAUACCAUAAUCUCCGCGUAAAUAUGGACUUCACAAUUCCCUUUCUUUGGAUCUCACUCAUCCUCUCAUUUCUCUACCUCGUCAAGCGGAAGCUGAGCCCGGGAGCCGGAAAAACUGGAGCACUCCCCCUCCCCCUCCCCCCGGGGCCGACGCCGCUCCCGAUCAUCGGCAACAUCGUCGACGUGGGCGCGCAGCCGCACCGCUCCCUCGCGCGCCUGGCGCGGGUCUACGGGCCGGUCAUGUCCGUGAGGCUCGGCCUCACCACCACCGUGGUGGUCUCCUCCCCCGCCGCGGCGCGCGAGGUCCUUCAGAAGAAGGACCAGGCCCUCUCGGGGCGCUGGGUCCCCGACACCAUGCGCGCCCUCGGUCACCACGAGACCUCCACCAUCUGGCUCCCCUCUGCCGACCCCCUGCGCAAGAACCUCCGCGCCGUCAGCGCCACCCACAUCUUUUCGCCCCGCAGCCUCGAUGCCACGCGCGCCGUGCGCGAGCGCCACGCCCGCAAGCUCGUGGCAAACCUCCGUUGCCGCACCGGGCAGCCGGUCAGGAUUCGCUUUUCGGUAUUCAACGCUGCGCUCAAUGUCAUCUCGAACCUUCUCUUCUCGGAGGAAGUGGUGGACCUCGCAUCGGCCGAAGAGGCAUCUAACCAAGAAUUCAAGCGUCUCGUCUCGGGCUUCAUUGAGGAGAUGGGGAGGCAGAACAUCUCGGAUUUCUUUCCCUUCUCCCGACGGCUUGACCUACAAGGCCGGCGCCGCGUCACCGCCGGCUACCUGAGAAGGUUCCACGAGUUCUUCGGUGACAUAUUCGACCGCCGCUUCGCCGAAAUGAACUCCGGCGCAGAGAAGAAGGGCGAUUUCUUGGACUCCCUCCUGGAGCUGCACUCCCAAUCCAAGCUUCAGCGGCGAGAGAUCAUAACUCUCCUCAUGGACUUCUUUGCGGCGGCGAGCGACACGACCCCGAUCACAGUGGAGUGGGUAAUGGCGGAGCUGCUCCGCAACCCGGCGGUGCUCGCGAAGGUGCGCGCGGAGCUACGGGAGACGCUGGGGCCGAAGGAAGAAUUCGAGGAAUCCGACGUCGCGCGUCUCCCGUUCCUGCAAGCGGUGAUGAAGGAGACGAUGCGGCUGCACCCGGUGGGCCCGCUGAUGCUCCCGCACAAACCAUCCGAGACGGAGACGGGAGUCGGCUUCGUGGAGGUGGCGGGGUUCGCGGUGCCGAUCGAGGCGCGAGUGAUGGUGAACGUGUGGGCGAUCGGGCGGGACCCGGAGGUGUGGGCGGAGCCGGAGGAGUUCCGGCCGGAGCGGUUCCUGGGGGGGCGGGAGUCGGACUUCCGGGGGGAGGACUUCGAGUUCCUGCCGUUCGGCUCUGGCCGGAGGGCGUGCCCCGGGAUGCCGCUCGCCGUGCGGAUGGUGUCGCUCGUGCUCGGCUCCAUCCUGCACGCGUUCGAUUGGCGGCUGCCGCGCGGGAUGCGGCCCGACGACGUCGACCUCUCUGAUAAGUUCGCCGUCGCUCUCGCACUUGCCGUCCCGCUAACGGCCGUGCCCGUUCUGCCGGUGCCCCUCACUUAGAGUGCCGCGACAGAUACCACCAAAUGUAGUCUAAAUAUUAUUUAUGAUAUGAUAAUAUUAUUAUUAUAUUUUAAUUAUUA